AUGUCUGCAGGCACGGCCGUGGACAGAUCUGCUAGGAAUGCAGACGCAAGCCUCAACGGUCAUGUUCAGGCUGCCUCAGCACCCGCCGAAAACGUCGCAGGACGCGCCUCGGUCGAUCAUGGCGUACCAUCUGCCCCCGAGGUCCACCUGAACGGGCGGCCCGCUUCCAGCAUGGGGAGACAGUCGCGGUCAGGCAGCGUCUCGGGAGACGCGGUGCCCGGUGAGGGAUGGGGAGCGAACUUUUGGGUGACACUGAUUGAUCCACAAACCCAGGUGUCGUUCUAUGCAUGCCCUGCAACGGGAGAGGUUAGCUGGGACCCUCCAGUUGGGAACUUUCUAUUGCCCCCAAAUCCGGAGGGCGAGUGGUGGGAGAUGAUCGACGAGGCAAGCGGGCUGCCGUACUACUACCACACCAAGUCGAGUGAGACUGUCUGGGAACGGCCGAACGCGUUCGUAAUUCCUCUGGGUAUCCUACAGAACACGGCGUUAGGACGCCGUCUAUCCGCACGUCGAUCUUCGCCCAAGGAUUCCGCCCCUGACGGGAGCACGCAUGAUAGGGUACCAUACCGCCGCUCUAACUCGUAUCGCAGCGACCAAGACCUCAGACAGAGCCACGCCGCAAACCAGCAGGAUCGCCGGUCGCAGUCCGCUUCCCGUAGGUCACCUUCCAAGACGUCACCAACCGCCAGCCCCGCUGUAAGCCCGGGCCCUUCCAAGAAGACACCCCCACGCCGACCGGCGACGAGUAGUGACCAUGUACGCUCUGGAACCACGUCGAGUGGGGGCCCGCUUGCGUAUCCCCGUGGACACCCACUUGCACCCAUACCCGGCUCACCAUACGUAUCCGACGCGUCCUCUGCCGUACCCUCGCGCAAGUCCAUGUCUGCGCAAUCUAUCACCGACCGGUAUGCCAAAGCGCAGGACGCUGCGCGCAAUGAACAGAAGCGCGAAGAAGAAGAAGCGCACCAGAGCCAGCACGAUGGUUCCACGCUGGGCCGGUCGCGUUCGAAAUCGUCCAGCUACCUCUCCUAUCGCGCGCCCCAGCCGCAGUCUCUCUCCGCAGCGCUUGAGAUGAUCGCACUUUCCGAUUCGCGAUCCACGACGUCAUCAUUGUCGGCGGACAAGAUCCGCACCGUCUCAGAGAAUGGGCAUGGCGAGCGCUCUGCUACGCCGUCACUGCUCGAUCCCCGCAAGCUUCGCAUCAGCACAGACCACGGCGACGGCCUGCAUACUGCGCCUGCGUCACCAAACCCGAUGUGGCAACGGGGGAAGAAGAAAGAGAAGGCGGGCGUGCCGCCCAGUCCGCGACGACCCAUGCCUGCGCUGCCUCAUGCUGGAGGCGCCCGCAGCGUAUCUACUCCUACUCCUGCGACUAUCGACGGGAAGGUGAUCAGUACUCCCAUUUUCAACCCAGACGCAACGAGGGACAUGAACCAGGCCGUGAACGCCGGCACCGUCCCUGCUGAGCUCUACCGCAAACCGACGCACGCAUCCGCUGUCUCACUCAACACCGGCAAAUACCUUGUCCUCCCUCACGAACUCUCCUCCGAUAUCCAACAAUUCGCGGAGUCGCAUUUCGCAAGGCAGUACUUUUCCACGCACCGUGUCGGUUUCCUUUUCAAGCGCAAGGUCCCGGUCGAGCAGAUGAUGAGUUGGCAGAAGGCACCAUUGAGUUCACCAUUACUGCAACUCAACCGAUCCCUGCACAAAAACGCAUUGAAGAUUUUCAAGGUCAUCCAGCACAUCAUGGGCGACCGCGAGCGCGAACGUGCCAUGAGAUUCGGGGGUGAGGGGACAGUUUCAUCCGCAAUGGCCAACGCAUCGACAACAUCCCUCCCGAACCCCGGGCAGGCGGCGAAGCUGGAGGACGAGCGAUGGCUGCUCAGCGAGGGCAUCGCACAUGGCGAGCUUCGCGACGAAAUUUACUGCCAGGUAAUGAAGCAGCUCACCGGGAACCCAAGCGCGGAGAGCGUGUUCAAGGGCUGGCAACUGCUUUGUGUUUUGCUCGUUACCUUUCCGCCCUCGAAGGACUUCGAGACGUAUCUGCGCUCCUACUUCCAACAGGCGACGGUGCGCCACGAGGGGCGCGUGGAUGUCAUGGCGAAGUACUGCUUGAGACGACUGGCAUAUAUCGCACGGAAGGGACCGAGGGGCAAGCCACCUACGACGGCAGAGAUUGAGACUGCGUCGGAUGCCGCAUUCCACCCUUCGAUAUUCGGCGAGUCCCUCGAUACCGUCUUCCGCUUACAGGAACGAUCGUACCCGCAUAUGAAGGUGCCCAUCAUCCUUCCUUUCCUCGCCGACGGCAUCCUCGCUUUGGGGGGCACCAAAACAGAAGGCAUCUUCCGUAUACCCGGCGACGGCGACUCUGUAUCCGAACUCAAACUCCGCAUUGAGAAGGGCUACUACUCGCUCGACGCCAUCGAUGACCCCCACAUCCUCGCGUCGUUAAUGAAGCUGUGGCUUCGUGAGCUCUGCGAUCCGCUCGUGCCUGACGAGCUGUACCACGAGUGCAUACGCGCAAGCAAAAGCCCAGAGGCGUGCGUGAGCAUCGUGCAGCGGCUGCCAACGAUCAAUCGCCGGGUGGUCCUAUUCGUCAUCAGCUUCUUGCAGCUGUUCUUGGACGAGAAGGUCAGCUCAGUUACGAAGAUGACGAGCCCGAAUUUGGCACUCGUCAUGGCGCCGAACCUGCUGCGGUGCAACUCGGAGAGUAUCGCAGUCGUAUUCACGAAUGCUCAAUACGAGCAUACAUUCGUCCACAAUCUCUUGCUGCAUCUUCGUUGUGACACCAUCGAUCCUGACUACAUCCCGACACAUGGUCAAGGCGCUGUCUCACCCACCAGCCCUCCGCCCAAGAACUCCCAAGGUCGUCGUAGACCUAAUCAUUGA